AUGCAAGUCUGUGUACUAUGCUAUCAACCAUCAAUGUGGAACGGAGGGCCAUCACCACUGGUUCCGUGUCUCGUGGUGGCGGUCCUCAGCCUGGUGGUCUUUGGUGAAACCAUACAGUAUGUGGCAGACUGGGUGACGCAGCUAUUUGAGAUGGCAGCUGAAGAUUUCACAAUGCUGCUUCUUCCCCUUUUAAUUCUGUUGCUAAUUCACUUUCUCAACAAGUUCUUUCCAACGCUGAACGUUUUUUCUGCUGCAAAUCAGCAGAGCAGUAGCUCUGGUCAUGAUGCUGAGGGGCUCGGGUUUGGAUCUUUACUUCUAUUUUUGGCUUUCAUUUUUCUGUGCAAUGUUUUGUGA